AUGUCUUUCGGUUCAGUAUCCAAAGGAGAAAAGAUAUUAUUGGUUGCACCUGCUACUGUCGAUCAGUCAGCUUUUUUGCAAACUCGAUCCUCGAUGCAAGAUCAGUUAGGGUCUGAAGGCCAAACAGCCUUUGAAGUCAUGGAUAGAGUGGCAGAAGCUCCUUUAAAGACUUCAUUCUAUGACGCUGUGUAUUCCAACCUAUUUUCGCCGUCAGUCUCAUUGCAUACACCCAACAUGCUAGCACGUUUUUUGAGUACUCUCUCUUCUGGUGGACGCUUAGUGUUAGAGGAAGUGGUUCUCUUGAAGGCAUUGUCCAAUACUGUCUGUCCCAUCACUCGUCAAUCAGCUGAUCUGGAAUCGAUGUUGAAAUUAGCGGGUUAUGUUGAUGUCGUAGUUACGGAGGUCACACCUGUCUCUGAUGCCAUGCUUGCCGAUCUGUUUCGUCUCUGGGGUACGACAAAAAUAGAGCAAGGCGUGAGUCGACUUUCGGGAAAGUUUGGAAUUGCUCAUAUAGAAGCUCGCAAGCCCACGUAUGAAGUCGGACAGAAAGUAUCGCUAUCGUUUGGCAGAAACAAAAAGAAGAAGAACGAACCCAAGAGCACAGAGAAGGCUGGUGACGCGACUGACAAACACAAAAUGUGGUUGAUGGCUACCACGGAUGACUUGGAAGAUGAGGAUGCCUUAUUGGAUGAAGAGGACAAAGUAAAACCUAGUAAAGCUUCCUUGACAAGACCUGAUGAUUGUGAAUGGACAGAAGGAAAGAGAAAAGCAUGUAAAAACUGUACUUGUGGUAGAGCAGAAGAAGAGUUAGAGGAACAGAUUAGAGUUGUGUCAUUGGAUAUGAUGGAUGAUUAUGAAGAUGAAAUUGUAGAAGUAGAUCCCACACCCAAGAAAACCGGUGGAUGUGGUAGUUGUGCUCUGGGAGACGCUUUUAGAUGCUCAACGUGUCCUUAUUUGGGCAUGCCAGCUUUCAAUACGGGUGAUAAAGUGGCUUUAGGUGGCAUGUUUGCUCAAGACGACAUUGAGUUUUAG